AUGACGGCGGACAGGCAGUGUAGCUAUGUGCACAUGCUAGAGGGCGACGAAGGUCACGACAACGACACGGACGCCGGGCGCGCACGAGGGAAGCAGUGGCGAUCAGCAGGGCCGUGGACAGCCCAGAUAUCGACUGCGAGGGACAAGACGAGGGCGAGGAGCAGCCUGCAGCACUCGUCGCCAGCCCAAGCGCCUGCCUUCGCUGGGUGCGAAGUGUCGAGGUGUGCACUGCCCCAAAGGCCCAACCGCAAGCAGGCUAGCGGCGCUGGGACGCCGUCUUGGGUUAGCUUGGCUGCGGCGGCUGCGCGACUCCGCUACACAUCGAGGCCUGACACCGGCCCUUUAGCCUCGAAUCGCAGCGUUUCACUUGCGCUCUGCCGCUGCGCGUUCCCCACACUCCCGCUGCUGCUGCACCUGCUGCGAUGUGGUGCGAGACGCGGCCGGCCAUGUGGCCGCGGCAGCGCGCGCGACGACGGGACGGCCGCCCAGCGACAUCUCGGCUGUCCGUCUCUUCUGGGAGGCGUCGAGAUGAGGCCAAGCGUAUGCAGGAGCACACAGGCUCUUUGCGCGCGAGGCGGAAGCGCACGUAUUGCAGCCAAGAGCCUGGGACGCCCCGAGCUCGGGCAGAUGCGCAAUUGACUGUUGGCCGCCCGCGCACUGCCGUGGCCACUUGGCUGCGAAACCACUCGACCCACCGUCCUGCAGCGAUCUGACCUAGCCAGUAGCUCCCGGACGCUCCCAUUCAAGCGUGACCUGCCACAGACAAGCCCGCCGCUGCCAAUGCCCGCCAAGCGCGCGCA